CUUGGAAAGCGUCAUGUCGUUUCGAUCUGCCGCUAGCUGCCUCAAGCUCGUGUCCCGUCGUCUUGCUCGUCCGCCAGCGUAUAGGUCACCUAUUAUAAUGCCAACAUGUUCUUUCUCUUCGACCAAAUGUCGUCGUGCUGCCUUCGCCGAGCAACCACCUUCACAGCCUACGAAGCUGUUGUUCAUACCAUCAAAGGAAUACCUCGAAGAAGAAGAGAUAGAUAUCGAGCUCCCUGCAGACAAGGAUAUACAUAUUGUCAUAACGGACCGGGCAGCGGAGAAAUUGCGCGCAAUCGCUAAACGUGAAGGGAAUCCAGAAGCUGCCCUUCGAAUAGCGGUGGAAUCCGGUGGCUGCCACGGUUAUCAAUACAAGAUGAACUUGGCAAAACAUCGAUCCCCAGAUGAUUACUUAUUCUCCCAUCCCUCCAUCUUCCCCUCCAAUAUACUAGUGGAUGCUAUCUCGCUGACUCUUCUUAAUGGCUCUACAAUCGACUUUGCAACUGAACUCAUUGGAAGCAGUUUCAGGGUGACAGAGAACCCGCACGCCAAGGGGAGUGGGUGCGGGUGUGGUGUUAGCUGGGAGCUCAAAAUAUAACAACCUUACGGUCACCUAACAGCUUGACCAAUAUUGCGACUCUUGCUAGGUUUCUCUGUUGUAUAUUACACACAGGUGGGAAUUGUGGAAUCUUGGCAAGAGAACCAGGAUAUUUAUUUACACGUACAGAAAUUGAAUUUAUUGUAUAUGCAAUAAUAGAUACAUCCACACUAUCUGAUGAAAGUUUCCAUCUCUCUCGUUACAUACAGAC